UUAAUAGUUUCCCAAAUUUCCUUAUUCCUAAUUUACAAAUUUCCUAAUUCCUUAAUUCCCUGAUUUCUUGACCACGUUCCUUCCGAUCUGCAUACUUAGCUUAAACGAACGCACCAUGACUGAACUUGGCAACGCUCACCAAACGAACGCACCAUGACCAACGCAGCGAGCUGUCAAAAAUUUUCACUUGCGUGCGUGUUCAAUCACGUUGGUGGUGGCCGCGGAUUUAUUUGAGAUUUUCAACGUGGGUCAAGUAGUGUGUGAUUGUGAAAAAGGAUCCUCUGUCGUUUAAUCGUGCGGGUGGCCGUACCGGAACAGCUCCUAAAUGGCGGAAUGAGCAAAUCUGGGCGCUCGUUUUGGAAAAGAAGGCCCGGCUCCAGCUGCGGACUUUCCCGGCCGCCGUCAUGACGUUCCGGGUGUUGGUUCUGCCGAGUGACGGACCAGGGGACUAUUUCGAUCGUGGAUUAAGGAUGAGCCAAGUAAUGCUGCCGGGGAGUUUCUUUCCGGAUGAAAUCAAUGGAAACAGUGCAACAAUCUCAUCCACGGGUCAACUGAUCACCAAGAGGGCAAUCCUACUGCAACCAGGCUGCUUGUUUGGAUCGCCAAAUUUUCCUGGCCGUUUCCUGGAAGGCGUUGCUACAGAUGCGAAAAGGGUAGACCGACAACGUAGACGGAGUUCCUGUGGUGUUGGUGGUGACAAGAGGACGAAAUCAACCGGAGCCUUCGCGCGAACCUGGCCGAUUCGAUGAUGGCGGACGGAUUUUCAUAAAGAAUUCGAAUUGAACUGACUGGGUGGAAGAGAAACCAAAGCCAAAGUUUGUAACACGCACCAACACGAACACAAACGUACACAGCUUUU